GAAUUCAUGUGUGUUUAUCUAUUGCCCGCAACUAAAGAUACUAUGUCAAAGAACUCUUCAUAUUUGAUAAUACGCCCGUAUCUAAAUUGCGAAUAUACUGAUAAGCGAAAAGCCGACAUAGAAGUAAUCGGAAUCCAUCGGUGAUUAAAUUAUUUAUCUAAUCUGCCAUGUCCACAUAUAUAAUUGUUUGUUAAUCAAUGCAUUGUUAGCGUUCGUGCCAACCGUUAUCCGAUAAAUAUAUAUAUUUGUCUAAAUCCAAUCGUGGUUAUUGUCGUUUAAGAUGUUGUUCGCAGCUUUAUGUCUUCUUAGCGUAACGUCUAUUUCCCAAUCUGCCGUACUGCAGUACGAAUCACGAAUCAUAAAUGGAAAAGAUGUAGCGUCGGGUGAGAUACCGUAUCAGGUCUCCUUGCAGACAAAAAAUUUAUUUCAUUUUUGCGGAGGAUCUAUCCUUAAUAAACAUUAUGUUAUCACUGCCGCUCACUGCGUGGAUGGUAAGAUACCUGCAGAUAUCAUAAUCGUCGUUGGCACCGUAAAUUUGAAUCGUUCGGGCGUAAAGCAUGCAAUUAAAGAGAUUAUUUUUCAUAAAGAAUAUGAUCCUUCUAAUUCGUGGCUUAACGACGUUGCAUUGAUCAAGGUGUUCUCCCCGUUUAGGCCAUCGCGUAAUAUUGGAUUCGUAAAUCUUCCCAAUAAAGACGAAGCGGUCCAGCCAGGUACCGCGGCAAGAGUUUCCGGAUUUGGAAGAAUAUCGCAAGACGGACCUGGCUCCAACAUCUUACAACAGGCUACCAUUUACAUAGCCGAUCAGGAUUAUUGCAAGAAUAUGUACAGCAAGAUGUUGUAUAAUAUCUAUGACACUCAUAUCUGUGCCAACGAUCCAAACAUUAGCAGAGGAUCUUGCAAAGGUGACUCGGGCGGUCCUUUGAUUGUUAAUGGAAAACUUGUUGGGCUUGUAUCAUGGGCAAAAGCUUGCUCCCUUACCGACUAUCCGACUGUGUUCACCCGCAUACCUUCGUACAUUGACUGGAUCGAGAAAAAUGCCGUGUAAAUACAAUUGAUAUUCAUACAGACCUACGAUCGCCAAUUGCGAAGAUAUCGAAUACAUUAGAUUAUAUUUAUUUUUUCGUUUUAUUACAUUGCGAUAAGUGUAUCGUCAAUAAUAGGUACCUUGAGUAUCUUGUCUUCUACGGAUAAAAAAUUCGUUAUUCUGAAAUAUAUACGUUAAAUCGUGCUAUGUCUUGCUAAACUGAUAUUGCUAGCAUAAUAAAAAUUAUCAUUAUAAACGCAGGAAAUGAGUCACAAAUAGUACUUUAUAAAUAAGAAAAUUGUAAUAUAAGCGCGCACGCACACACACACACACACACACACAUUUGUAAUUGUAUUGCUACACUAGUGCAGAUACUAAACGUUGUCCGUAAAGAGAGAAAAAAAGAGAGAAAAGAGAGAGAGAGAGAGAGAGAGAGAAAGAGAGUUUAAAGGUCUACAAUAACCGUGCCCAAAUUUUUUUUCAUUUAUUAACGUUCAUUUUAAAUAUAUUUUAAAUAAUUGGCCAU